CAAAGAAAUAUUACACGAAAUGUUUUAGUUUCAAUUUUGCCUUCGCGGCUGAUGCAAUGUUACCUUAUUUUCUGCGACAAUACGAUCAUCAUUAUCGCGUUCAGCCAGUUAAUAGUAAGGGGCAGCAACUGCGUCAAGCAUCGUCGGAUGGUGUUGAAACCAUAAUAGAAAAGCAUGAAUUGUUUGAAUUACCCACGCAAAUCGAAAUCAUCAGAGAAGGUCAUCCUUUUUUCAUUGGGCAAAGCGGGGAAAACGAGCAGACACCAAAAUCGAAGAAUAUGAUAACGGACGAUAAGAAAGCUAAAAAUCAGUUCAUAGUGUCUGUGCAAUUUGAAGAAUCCGAUAGCUUACAGACACCGCAAGCAUCUAAUGGAAUUCUUAAGCGUAACCAGUAUUUACCAAAUGCAGAAGAUGUUGCUAAAUCUGGCAAAACCACAAACGAAAUGCCAACAGUUUUAACCAUGAACGGUGACGGUAACAGCAAUAGCGAUAGCAAAAGUUAUAGCACAACUUUGACCACAAGCAGUAAAAUGUCAUCGCACGAAACAAAGGAAAUGAUAGACAUCUCUACCUCUGCACCGCAAACUAAUUCACAUCAGGUGGCCACUAGUGAAAUAUCUGCUAAACAAUAUUUAAUAAAAUCUGCAGAUAAUAACAUGAACAUGUUCGAUAGCGCUCCGCAACAUAAUCAACAACGCCAACUCCUUCCAGAUUAUCAUACGCGACAAAUGUUUCAUCAACAACAACAACAACAACAACAACAGCAACAACAGCAGCAACAACAGCAGCAGCAACAGCAGCAACAACAACAGCAUACCGUAUUAAAUGCUAUAGAGAGAACGGAGCAACGAAAUCAAAUGGCAACAGCAUCUGAGGAACCAGCUUACGAUACUGACAUUAAGGAGUAUCGCUACAAAGCCGGCGAAAGUAGGUUACGACGUAUUCGUUUGCGUAUUUAAAGUUCAGUUGACUAUUUCACUAUUUUCAUUGUUGUUGUUAUCAAAAUCAUUGACUUAGUAUUGCAAUCUUUUAUAUUAGAAAAUAUAUAAAAAUAACAUACAAUCCCCUGCCAUUCAAACAUAAAUGGUUCGUACAUUUUUUUGUUUUUUUUCGUUGU